AUGAGUUCCUCCCAGGACUCUUUCAUUGCCAACACCAGCCCCGAUCCUUAUGAUCAGAUUAUCGUUCUCUCGCAGAAGGUCAUCAAUGCGGGAUUCAACAGCAUGUGGAAGCUAGCCCAGGGCGACGAUGAGAGCCCCUUGACACACUUCCACAAGAGCAUUCACGGGGAGUCAAUCGAUGCCACCGUUGGGCCCCCUUCCGUGCAGCUCCAUGUUGAAAGCCAUGAGCCCAUGCUGUAUUUCCUUUUGGCCUUGAAGACAGGGACAAUCAUCUUGUAUAAAAGCCAGGAGUCUGACGAUACCAUCUCACUCGCCGUGAAUAACUGGGUCCUCGCCUUCAAUGUGGUGAUCAACCAGAAGAAGAUCACGAAGGACUCAGACGAGUACAAGCAGUUCAAAGAACGUGCUGGGCUCCCAGAGUCGAACUUCUCUCUCGCACAGCUCUUUAUCGACUCGUCAUCCAGCACCAAGUUCAACGUUGACCUUUCAAACACUGGCGAUACCAAGUUGGACGACCUGAGCGGGGAUUCCAGGGCCAGCCUGCUCACUUUUAUUGAUCACUGGAUCAAAGGCAUGUCGGAGAAUGGCAAGAACAUACUCGGCUGGUCAGCCCAGCGCGAGCAUAGCAAGGCUGCCGAUGAGCUCAACCCUUACGCACCCUCGUUCCCCCCGACCAGUAUCGACUACUUCUGCUAUCCCUGGCGCGGGACGAAUGGGCAGGGGUCCAACCAGGAUAAUCAGGAUGACAAUGCCCUGUCCUACCUCUUGAUGUCGGACUUCAAAAACCCUCCAGCAGAAGGCGCCAUUGCUUACACCGGGCCAUGGGUGGAUCACGCAAGCGGCCGCGACGCCUCGUUCUGCAUGAGUCGCACCUUGUUCUGGGGCUGGAUGCUGCCGCUCGUCCGACAGGUGGUCGUGGCAAUGACUCCGAUGCCAGACAAGCCAUACGUUGAAUAUGUGGGUACCCCGUCCGACACGCCCUGGAGCUUUGGUGCGAGGUAUCAUGUUGGAGAUAGUGGUGCUUCGGAUUCUGAUUAUCAAUGGGUUCCCAAUGGGAAUAAUGGCUGGUCCACGAGCACUGCGGAUAAGUCCUCUUCUUCGGGCAAAGUCGUCAAACCCGGGAAUGGGAAUGACUGGGAGACUGCGGAGGAGCAAGCCACCAAGAUUCAGGCUACAGCCGCUUUCGAUGCCGGGAAGGAAAGCUUGACCGUGAAGGGAAGCAGUAAAUUUGCAUUUCAACUCAAUCAUCACCGAGACGGAAUGAGUCCUACCGACUUCUGGGUCGAUGUCUUCAGCUCAUGGGAACUUGAAUUGAACAUGACCUCAAUCGAAGAGGGCGGGAUUGUCUUCCGUGUCAACGACAGCACCGACCAUGUGAGCGUCACGUACGACUAUGGUGGAGGCAUGAAGUUAUCACGUACUGCGAAAGAUAUCGCCGAUGGGAUCGCAGAGCGGCUCAAGGACAGCAUGAACGGUGCAUUAAAUGAUGUGAGUGGCAUAUUGGCUGAGGCGAUGGCCAACGCAAACCGUCUCUGUCUUCCCGCCGCCGGUACUUUCUUCAUGAAGGAUCCUCUCUUCAAUCAAAGCGGCGAUCUGCUGGUCAAGUUGGCAUAUGAUGGGGCCGAUCCUCCACCACCUCCAUCCAAGGGCAAAUAUAGAUUCCGUCCUCCGACACUGAAUCGUUCCGUCCGUCGUGUCAAUGCCUAG